AUGGCGGAAAACGUGGUUCAUGAAAUUGCGAAUCAGCUGGAAACUCUCACGGCGCAAUCCCCGGCUAUUCAAGAUGCACCCCAUGUAUCAGCUUCUCAGGUUGAGGGAACUGAGUGUGCUUCUCAGGACUCUCUUUUCGAUGAACUGGAAGAAACUGACACACGAGCUCCAGCUUCAAUUGACUCGGAUCUUACCGAUAUCGAUGAGUCAGUUCUGCAAGAUGCAACAGAUCCUCCCGCUAUGGCCCAGUCGCAUUUCAUCAAUCCAAUUGCACCGCGCGUUAGUUACAUAGUUUCUGCAUCUGGCGAAGUCAUCAUUACUGAAGACACCAAGACUUCCAAUCCAGCCACUUCUGCUCCUGUGCCCCGGUCGAGUCCUCCCGCUGCCUUCUUAUCCUUUGAUCGGCUGGCUCAAGGGUUGCCGCCAAAGCCGAUAUCGUCGCCUACCACUACAACUAUUCAUCCUCCGUCACUUGCAGUGGAGCGCAUCAUGGGUCCAAAGCAGCCGAUCCCGGCACAAAUCCUCGACCUUCUCGAAGAGUGGCAUGAAGACUCUCCUUACACCGAACAUCCUUCGGCUUUGACUGGUCGUGCUCCAUCUACGUGGAAGAACUUUAAAACUUUCAGUGAUGAUGGCGAUGAAUGCGAGCUAUCACUCUUUCGGAUCUCACUAAAAGGUCAGACCCGACGCAACGUGACAUAUCUAAUUAUGAUACUUCAUGCACAAAACGGACCGGAAGAUCUUGUUGUGUAUGGACAACCCCGGCCAAAGUUCAGGGGCCUCUUGACGAAGGGUACUAAGGGGCUAUACCUUUUAGAUUGGCUUGAACUCGAGAGCAAAGGGGAAGUUCAGGCUUGCGGAUUAAAAUUAUGGAGGACAGACGAGAAGAAGAUUUCGUUCAGUGCAUCUAUGUUUGACGAGGGACGCAAGUGCACUCGGUUCCCCGGGUCCAAUGAUAUUUUCAACGCGCGUCUGUCAAAUUCUACCCCAAAGAAACAGACCGACGCAAAUGAGGAUAACGAAGAUGCCGACUCCAUCUCAUCUGAGGCCCCUUUUUCUCCCUCGAGGUCUAGACGCCAGGCUUCGACCAGCAGCCCUAACAAAGCUGCGAAACAGAAUAAAGAGAGGACCCCAAUUACUUCACGCCCGUCUUGGGAUAAGGGCAUUUCGCCCGUUCCAACGUUCGAUAGUCGCGAUCAACCCCGUUCUCUUGAGAGACCUUGGAAGCCUCAAAAAAGGCGCCGCAGCACCUGGAGCUCGAAUGAGGAAGCAUCAGCACCUAUGCGCUACAAGCUGCUAUCAGACGCAUCGGAUCAUGUCCGCGUUUUCAAGACAGAUGACGCAAAGGUUCUGUUUGAAAAGGCCCGUGAGUUCUACAAGGGGUUGGACAAGCGCACAGGACUUCUGUGCACUGUCUCUGGUCUUGAAGGAGUCCGAUACGUUGGGGAGGGUUGCUUGGACGAGUUUGACGUCCUUCAAGAGGACAUUGGGAAGACUUCUGAUCCUGGUGAUGAAGAUCGGGUCGUCGAGGUGAGGCCCGCAAUGGGCCUCUAA